CACGACACUGUGUGGCGUCCCUCAAAUCCAUAUCCAGGGUCUUGAGUCUCUAUUGUCACAAUUCUUUCAUGAAUUGUGGACGCGUCGGGAUCGAUGGAUUACACUUCAACUGGUCAAAGUAGGGAAUAUUAAUAAUAAGCUUAUUUCUGACUGCAAUAGCCUACAAUGUCUGUCUAAAUUGCUCUGCUACUGACAGUAAUCACAAAAAGGAGUUUUGAAAGGAGGUUAAGGUACCUUAUCUGUUGGACUGAACUCGCAACCGUCACGGACAAUGUUCUCGUCAACAGGAAAGCGUUGUUUUACAAUUGAAUCUUUGGUGGGGAAGGAAAUCCCCUUAACACCAGAAGACCCGAUUCGUCCUACCGCCCUAAGCUACACAGCGCCCGUUGACAGUUUUCUUAACGGCUAUCAAAGCCCCGCAGGCCGUGCGCUCUACCCAAACCCCGAAUUGGUGUUUUCGGAGACUGUGAACCAUGCGCCUCUGAGCAUGCACCCACAUCAGCUCGGCAGCACACACCUCCAGCACCCGCACUUCUUUGGCACGCAGCAUCGUGAACCGCUAAAUUUCUACCCAUGGGUCUUAAGGAACAGAUUUUUUGGCCAUCGGUUUCAAGGUAACGAUGUGUCACAGGAUACGCUGUUACUGCAUGGGCCUUUUGCGAGGAAGCCCAAGCGCAUCCGCACCGCGUUCUCGCCCUCUCAGCUACUGCUUCUGGAGAGAGCCUUCGACAAGAACCAUUAUGUUGUUGGAGCAGAACGGAAACAGCUCGCUAACAGCCUCAGUCUAUCUGAGACUCAGGUGAAGGUGUGGUUCCAGAACCGCAGGACCAAAUAUAAGCGACAGAAACUAGAGGAAGAAGGUCCAGAAUGCACACAGAAGAAGAAGGGAAACCACCACAUUAACCGCUGGAGGAUCGCCACCAAACAGAACGGAUCUGAGGACAUAGAUGUGAUGUCUGAAGCCUGAAAUGAACAUAGACACUGUCCAAACGAACACACAAGACCAAGAAAAGCACUAUUUAUUUAAUGUAAUUAAUCAUAUUUCAGAUUGUAACACUAACUGCAAAGGACAUGAACACGUGGGUGUGUGUAUGUGUGUAAUCUAUUCUAUUUUGAGGACUUUAUCAAUAGUUAAAAUACCUCUGCUGUCAUGAACAGGAUAUAUCUCCUGUCAGCUUAUCCAUCUAUUAAUCUGUUUUUCUGUCUCUUCUUUUGGAAAAUAAAUUGUACUUGAAAACUGUAAAGAAAAUUGAACUUUAAAAGAGACUGACCCAAAAUCAACAUUAUUUAUGAUUGAUUUUUGUUGCAUCUUCACACAGCCAUUUAGAAAUCUUUUUGUUUGAAUAGAUAUUCAUUUGAACAUUUUAAGACUCCUAAAGACAUACAGGUGGAAUUGGGAGCAGUUAUUAAAAUUAUUUAAAACUUUUACUGUACAAACCUUAUAAUGUAAAUGAUGUGAGGAAUCAGUUUAUCUGCCAGUUUUAACAUGAGCUAUCCUGUACCCACACUAGAGCAAGUGUGUGUGUUUAUGUGUCUGUGUAAAUAAUGUUGCCUGUACCUUAAGGAGUGGGAAUUGGUGUUAAGAGAUUGGUGCUGAAAAUCUGGAGUGUCUGAGGGUCUGUGUGUGCGUGUGUGUGUGUGUGUGUGUGUGUGUGUGUGUGUGUGUGUGUGAGCAUCAUUCAGUAAGUGGUAUAUAUAGGCUGAUGUGAGGGAUUUUUGUUAACAUUUAUUCAGAGUCAUAAACUAAAAUGAAUGUUUGCCAAUUAACACAUUAGCUUCUUUAUAGUGUUUAAUUCACCAAAAUACAUUUUCUAGAAAAAGUGAUCAAAAA